AUGUCUACUGUCCCUCAGGGUCCUGUCGAGGCACGUUCACUGUCGUCCGUGACCGCUAUCGCAUCGAAUCCCCCCGCCUACCCACGCAAUCCCACCCACGAGAAGCAUGAACCGUUAUCACUGUACAUUGUACGCGUCCCAGGUAGCAAAGACAUUUUUCUUUCGCCUUUGAAGCCACCAACAAAAUCCAGUGUUUCUGCGGAGGCCAUCAACGCAUCUCUAUAUUAUCUCCACGUAUCGACUCCCGAAGAUGACACCCUGCUUCAAGAAGUAGAAGAAGAGCGCGAGGAGGCAGCUCAGCUGCGCAAAGAACAGCUCGAGAAAGCAUGCGCCGACGACCCAGCGAGGCGCGAGUUCGCCCGGCUGAACAAUGUGCGCCGCAAGCCUGUGGGAGGGGAUGCGACAUCUGAACUCCCACCCGUACCACCCCCUCACAAUACUGCUGCUCCAGCUUUGCCGCCGCGCCAACCUCCAAUGCCGCAGGUGACUGCGGAAAAUGUGUCAUUCUCUGGGAUCCCGGUAGCCAAUGAACAGCCUUCCCAGGGAUAUGCCGUGUUUGAAGGCGCAAUGGGUGAUGUUGGCCCCAAAAGCGCCUUGCCAUCACGGCCCCUUCCUCCUCUGCCACCAGGCGAGGAAUCAUGGGACGUUUCAUCCGCCGCCGAGGAUCCCCAAAAGCGGACGACUCGGUGGAGUGCAUUUGCUGGGCAUCUUCAAAGCAAAGGGGAAAUCCUAAGGGAAAGGUAUGAUGCGCUAUCGGCCGGUCGUCAUAGUCUGGACUCUCCGAGACCGCAACUGCGGCCUCGGUCAUCUCAUGACCGACCUGGAUCUCCACUAAGAAGUCCUGGGCAAUCGCCUUCUAGGCAAAGGAAUGUGCAUGGCAGACCUUCCAGUAAUGCCGGCUUCCACAUCACUCUGAUCAGACGUGAUCCAACGUCUGGUACGCAGUGGAACGUGGCGACCAUCUCAACGCCGCGCAUGGACUGCAAUGCCGUCGAUAUUGAGAUCUCCACGCCCGGUUAUAACCGAUUCGCAGGUUCUAAUGAGCUGCCCUCGUUAUCCAGUUUGUCAGUCAAUAUUCCAACGGGGAUCGGACGUGUUGGAUACCCACAAUCCCUAGCCGCCGAGCAACCAAAAGAUCAACCAACAGAGCAAUCAGCCGGACCUCGCAAAUUCCACCGUCAACUCUGUGUGUCAAAACCUUUCGACGACUCCAUGGCCGACUCCGCCAACCACCCAGAUAGCUCCAGGCUGAAAAGCGGCUACUAUGUUUUCACCUCACCCUGGAACGGGACCUGCACCUUCGCCAGCAGCGUCAAUGGCCGAAGUCUCAAAUGCAAACACAUGAUCCCAACGCCCGGCGGCUUCGUCCCGCCCGCUGGCGAGAACGAACCGCCUCCAGCCGUGACAGUCGCCGAGCUUCGAUUCAACACCCCCUUCCAAGCAGCCAACCUCCAUUCACACGCGCACCACGCAGUCCACAAACCACACCCCAAUCACGUCUCCCCAUUCACUCAAAGCCAACUACAAACCCAACAACUCCCCCGUUCCAACUAUGACUCCGAAAAUCCAAGCCCAGACUCCCCCUAUUCCAACCCCCACUCCUCCAAACGGGGUUCCUUCUCCCAACUCCUCAAUCCAAACACUUACUCCCGCCCACGCGCCCACUCAGGUCCCGGCUCCGCCCCAAGCAGGGAAAGCCCCACCCCAUCCGACCCCAGACCCCCCUUCAACCCCUCCGCACUCCUCCGACGAACCUCUCAGCGCGCGCAACGCUUCGCGCGCCAAAGCCAGUUCCAAUCCCCUUACCAAGCUCAAGCUCACGCACACCGCAGCACGAGCACCAGUAGCGGUGGGGUAGACUGUGAUGCAGAUUCCGAUGAGGAUCGAUUGGAUUUCUCGCUUGCGAGAGAGCCCGCUGGCGGAGGGUUACGGGGGAAGAGUGCCAAGCUUGGCAAGUUGGUUAUUGAGGAUGAGGGGCUGAAGAUGCUUGAUCUAGUUGUUGCGGCUUGUAUGGCUGUUUGGUGGAGAGGGUACUACUACUGA